CUAAUCGGGUAAAACUACUCAUCCGUUUUCACUUUAUUUUUCUUCUUUCUUUUCUCUCUUAUCGAUUAAUUACACAGUCUCAAUUUCUUGACAAGAAGCGAUCAGUCAAUUUGUAAUUUGUGCGUUUUAGAAUUUAGUUACCGUAAACAAAGUUCGAGCGCUGGCGGCAGGACCUGAUCAGAUUGCAAUAACAUCAUCAUGUGUGCAAGUUGGAGAUUAGUAGUCAUGAUCUUGCAUAUAAUCCUUGUUUUAUACUUCAAGUUAUGACCAAUAUAUUUAUUAUUUAUACAUCCGAAUUUUGCUCCCGUGAAUUCGAAGGAAGAGUAUAUAAAAUAUGUCACGUGAUAAUUAUUUUUCAUCUUCACGUUUCUCAUUUUAUGGGGUCUCAUUCGACGACUUUCCAACUCGAACUAAUUAAUAUGUUAGUUAUUAAUCAUAUAGGUGCAUGCAUAUAAAUGUAAAUGCAUUGUUGUUGUCUACUUAAUAACAACUCCAUCAAUAACUUUCAAUCUGAUUAAGUUUUGACCAUAAAUUUUCCAUCAAUGAACACACACAUACUUGCCCUAGUUUUCCUCCUACAAUGUGCUUUCACUUUUGGUCUUCAUUUCCACCCACUUGAUCCCUUAACUCCCCAAGAAAUCACUAAAACAAGCUUCAUCGUCAAGAAAUCUCACCUAGGCAAUCUCAAAGAUCUCACAUUUCACUACCUCGACCUCGAAGAACCAAACAAGACCCACGUCCUCCAAUGGCUAUCGCCAAAUCCCUCCAAGAAACCACCACCGCCACGUCGUCGCUCACUCGUGGUAGUUCGAGCCGGUGGUCAAACCCACGAGCUCAUCAUUGACUUAACCACUAGCAAGAUCGUAUCCUCCCGCAUCUACACCGGCCAUGGAUUCCCUUCAUUAACAUUCAUAGAGCUUUUCAGAGCUAGCAAGCUUCCUCUUACUUACCCACCUUUCAAGAAAUCGAUUCUUGAUCGAGCCCUCAACAUCUCCGAGGUUUCUUGCAUCCCUUUCACCGUUGGUUGGUACGGAGAAACCACCACGAGACGUGAAGUCAAAGCCUCUUGCUUUUACAGAGACGGAUCUGUCAACGUCUUCACAAGACCCAUCGAAGGAAUCACCGUAACUAUAGACGUUGACUCAAUGCAAGUCGUGAAGUACUCCGACAGAUUCCGAAAGCCUCUCCCUGAUAAAGAAGGUAACGACUUUCGAACCAAACACAAACCCUUCCCAUUCUCUUGCAACGUCUCCGACACAGGCUUCAAGAUACUCGGCAAUAGAGUCAAGUGGGCUAACUGGAAAUUCCACGUCGGAUUUACAGCAAGAGCGGGAGUAACCAUAUCGACGGCUUCCGUUCUUGACCCGAGAACCAAAAGGUUUCGACGAGUGAUGUACAGAGGACACGUGUCAGAGACUUUUGUUCCGUACAUGGACCCAACCUACGAAUGGUACUACCGUACGUUCAUGGACAUCGGAGAGUUCGGUUUCGGGAGAUCCGCCGUGACUCUGCAGCCACUCAUUGACUGCCCGCAAAACGCUGCGUUUUUAGAUGGACACGUGGCCGGACCAGAUGGGACAGCUCAGAGCAUGACCAAUGUGAUGUGUGUCUUCGAGAAAAACGGUUACGGUGCUUCUUUUAGACACACCGAGAUUAAUGUUCCAGGACACGUGAUAACAAGUGGGGAAGCUGAUAUAAGUUUAGUGGUUAGAAUGGUGGCCACACUUGGAAACUAUGAUUACAUAGUGGAUUGGGAAUUUAAAAAGAAUGGAGCCAUCAGAGUUGGGGUGGAUUUGACUGGAGUUUUGGAAGUAAAAGCAACGUCGUACACGUCGAACGAUCAAAUAACGGAUAACGUUUACGGGACACUGGUGGCGAAGAACACCAUCGCCGUUAACCACGACCAUUACCUAACGUACUACUUGGACCUCGACGUUGACGGUAACGGCAAUUCUUUGGUGAAAGCGAAACUCAGAACGGUAAGAGUAACGGACGUUAACAAAACGUCUUCUCGGAGGAAGAGUUACUCGACGGUCGUUAAAGAGACGGCGAAAACAGAAGCUGAUGGUAGAGUUCGACUCGGCUCAGAGCCGGUUGAGCUAUUAAUAGUUAACCCUAAAAAGAAGACAAAGAUAGGAAAUACGGUUGGUUACCGGCUGAUACCAGAACAUUUACCAGUCACUUCGCUUUUAACCGACGAUGAUUACCCGGAGAUAAGAGCCGGUUACACGAAAUAUCCGGUUUGGAUUACUGCUUAUAACCGGUCAGAAAGAUGGGCCGGUGGGUUUUAUAGCGAUAGGAGCCGUGGCGAUGACGGUUUAGCGGUAUGGAGUAGCAGGAACAGAGAGAUAGAGAACAAAGACAUAGUGAUGUGGUACAACGUUGGGUUUCAUCACAUUCCAUACCAAGAGGAUUUUCCGGUUAUGCCCACUCUUCACGGUGGAUUUACUCUUCGACCUUCCAAUUUUUUCGAUAAUGAUCCUUUGAUUGGGUAAAUACCGCCUCUGGCAAACAAACUGAUGUUAGCCUUGUAAUGAUUGACUUAUGUUAGGUCAAUUUGAUUUAACAUAUGCUCAUUACAAAAAAAAGUUAGCCUUGUAACUGAUCAGUUAUUAAUUUGAUUUGAUAUUUGAUUCUUAUGUGUUGAAUGGUUUAGUUAAUUUAGCUUUGAUGUUUUUUUU